AAUCCGUCCAGCGUGAUCGACAGGAAGCAGAGGAUGCUCAUCUGGCCCGCCGGAUACUUCACGGUGAUUCAUUUCCCGGAGGAAGACGUCACCGUCCUCUGGGACCGAAAAACCACCGUCCACAUCCAGGUUGGACCUCGAUGGCAGGGGAAGCUGAGCGGCCUGUGUGGGAACUUUGACCUGAAGACGGUGAACGAGAUGCGGACCCCCGACAACAUCGACUCCCCAACGCCGCAGGAGUUUGGAAACAGCUGGACGGCAACAGAGUGUGUGAACAGUCCAGAUAUCAGACACCCCUGCAGCCUCAGUCCUCUCAGAGAGCCUUUUGCAAAGCGUCAGUGUGCCGUCCUGCUCAGUGAGGUCUUCCAGGCCUGCCACCCAGUGGUGGAUGUCACCUGGUUCUACAUGAACUGUCUGGCGGACACGUGUGCCUGCAGCCGUGGAGGCGACUGCGAAUGUUUCUGCACCAGCGUGGCGGCGUACGCUCAGCGCUGCUGCCAUCAGGGCGUCCCAGUCGACUGGCGCUCUCCGUCACUGUGCCCGUAUGAUUGUGAAUUCUUCAACAAAGUUCUGGGUAAAGGUCCCUUCAGGCUCUUCACCUUCAGGGACCGGACGGCGCUGCUGGCAGCCGGCAGGUCAGGCGGCUCCGUGUACCUGCAGCGAAGCAACAUCAGCUCAACCGCUGCCUCCGGCGUCCUGUCUCAGUUCAUGAUGACGCCGGGCCUCAGCAGAGCUCGACCGCACGACUCUUCGCGGGUUUCCUUUGAGGCGGCCGACCGGCCGAACUACUUCCUGUACGUGAGCGCCGGCGGCCAGGUGAGGCUGGCCAAGUGGGAGGACAGGGAGGCCUUCUGGGACGGCGCCACCUUCGUCCUCCACAGGAACACCUGGAUCCCGGGCUACGACUCGCUUGAAUCUCACGCCAAACCCGGCUUCUUCCUGCACGCCACGCCGCCGCGCCUCCACCUGCUCAAAUACAGACACACCGACAGCUUCCGCAAAGCCACGCUGUUCAGACUGACAGGCCCCGGCCCGGACACCCCACCUGGCCCUCGGUGUCAGUGGAGGUACGACUCCUGCGUCAGCCCCUGUUUCAAGACCUGCAGCGACCCGUCGGCCGAAGCCUGCGUCACCAUCCCACAAGUGGAGGGUUGCCUUCCCGUCUGCCCCCCACACAUGGUCCUGGAUGAAGUCACCCGUCGGUGUGUCCAUGUUGAAGACUGUAUUAAGGUCCCAGUUGUUGUUCAGCCUGUAACACCAUCCGCUGCUCAGCCGACCUCUGCAGCUGUCACGUCUGCAACCACCACUGCCUCCACUACUCCCAUUAGGACCACCACCACCACCACCGCUGCCACCACCACCUCCUCCUCCACCUCCACGACUAAACUCACCACCACUAGUCCUGCUGUGAGCGCUCAGACCACCACGUCUGAGGCGACCCGACCGCUCACUCUGUCUCCUGCUGCAACUCCUGAACUUCCUGGAACAACAGAACCUCCGUCUCCUCCAACAGUGCCCCCUUCUAUAAGGCCAGAGGUGGUGGAGCCGCUGUCAACUGUCAGAGUGACGGAGGCUUCACCCACCACUGUGAAAGACUCGACGACAUGGACGAGCAGGACGCCGAGCUCGACUGUCAGCCCCGUCGGACCGAGCACGUCCAGGACGAGCACCGCUCCGUUUGCCAUCACGGCUCUGUUCUGGAUCACCUCCACCACGAAGCCCACCGACUCCCUGCCGCCGAUCCUCACCACCCUGCAGCCGACCACCGCUGCAGCCAAGACCUCGACUUCUGUACAAGGUCCAACCACAAUCAGAACUCCUACAACUCUGCACCCAGCCGAAGUGACCACACAAACCACAACUCAUUCAGCAGCAGUCGCUCCGAUUGUAACGUCUUCCAGUCUGGCUCCUGCUCCGGUCUCACAGACUUCUGUAGUUACAGAGAAAACCACUGUUCCCAGUGGAGUUACGACUACGUACACAGACACCAGCACAACACCUACAACAGAGGAGAGAACAACGACAACAACAACACUCGUCCCUCCUGGUUUACCGAGCACAGCCUCCACAACACCUUCCCCUCUGCCGGCCUCACCUCCUGUGGAAACAGGAAGUGUAUCUUUACCGACAGUCGCUUCAGCAACGACAACACAGUCAGUCACACCAGUUGCACCUUUCAGCACCAGUAAAACAACCCCACACAUACCUCCAGAGACAACACCACCACCUGUUAGCACUGAGAGGAUAACACACGUCAUCUCUACUGACCUGACAUCUUCUACGGUGCCUCCAGAGUUACCUACAACAACCGUCAUGCAUGCUGCACCAACUACAGCUGCUCCAUCUGUCUCCACCUCAGCUACUACAGACUGGAGAACAACUACAAAGAGAGUCACCACACCUGAAUCCACUGCAUCUAAAACACCCGUUGCUGCAACAACGACAGCUGCACCUCCACCUCCAGAGAUCACAGACUCCAAACCUGCUGCCACGUCCACAACCUACACUGAGAGAACCUCCUGGUCAGCGGCCGUCCCGCUAACAGAGAGAACCACCACUGUAACGUCAAGACCUCCAGAAGUAACGGAAACAUCCACCGUGUCCACAGGUUCUCCAGUCACAACAGAACCGACCGUACCGCCAGUGUCCCCAACAGAGACCACUGCCGUACCAACGCCAACCCAGAGCUCCACCCGACCCGUCACUACAGAGCGGACCACCGAGCCAUGGGUUCCCCCUCAUCGAGAGACCUCCUCCACCCAGGUCUACAGACCCACAGUGGAGACAACACCAGAGGUCACUACUGACGCUGUCAUCCACGUGGUGACUACGACUACAACAACUAAAGUCCCUCAACCUUCAGCUACAUCAGAGCCGACCGUCACCUCAGCGACAUCCACCACCACCACUGCCCACACUACAGCACCUCCUGAAAUCUCAACUGCUGAAAUCGAAGCCACCACAACCCGGAAACUAGUCACACCUCCACCUGUGCCUGCUACGCACCUCACCACGACCUCAACAAGAGCGCCACCUGCUGUCGUUACCACCGCGCUCCGGCCUGUCGUCAUUCAACCCAUCACAGAGACAAUACAUCCAGUGACGGGCAGAGUGCAGGUAUCUACAAGCGCUACAACCACGUCACCUCCAUCUUGGUCUCCGCUCCAGACGACAACCUCCACAGCAGCUCCGAGGCCAACAACUGCCCUGGACAAAGUCACCACCCGGCUGGUCUCCACUUCAAGAGCUUCACCCGCUGCAACAACGACCACCGUCUCACGAACAACCACCCUCAGGACGACACCCAGAGUUCCUCUGACGACCAGAGUGACCCCCAGAAUCACAUCAACCGAGAGGUCAACCACCAGGCCAGUCACUGCAAGGGUUACCGUAGCAACCAGGCCUUCAACAGUAACCACCAGCUCGACCACCCCCGGCUCACCGACCGUUACAACAAGUCCGACCAACACAACUACGUCAGGACCGACAUCUACGACCGUCACAACGUCUACCAAGUCAGUCACCACAGCGAGCACAACGGAACCUUCCAACACGACCACAGCGUCCCGCCUCACCACCACAACCGGCCCAGUGCCUGUUCCUACUCUAACAACAGUCACGACAUCUACAGCUGUCCCCACGGCAACCACCAGAGAGGCAACCACAUCUGAGGAGACCUCGACAACGAAAGAGGCUGAAGUGUCGCCAUCCAAACCUGUGACGCCUCCGCCUGACAUCCUGACCUCCACCCAGGAGCCCAGUAGUUCCAGGCCUGCUACAACUUCACUCCCAUCAGCCACCACUGUGGUACCAGACAGAGCAGAUCACACCAGUCCAGGUGUGGCAACACCUCCAGUACCUACUUCUCCUCACAGACCAGUGGAAACUACCAGCCACACAGCGGAGGGAACCACGUCUCUGAGUGUGUCACCUACCAGGAUGUGCACUCCUCCGUAUGCGGAGAUCGUUGACGAAUGCACAAAGUACAUCUGUGUCAACAACCAGCUCAUCCUGUUCAACAAAUCCCAGAGCUGCCCCUUCGCCGCCGAUCCGCCAAACUGCGGUCUGCUUGGUUUUGCCAUCCUGGUCAAUGGAGACAAGUGCUGCCCUCAGUGGGACUGUCCAUGUCGAUGCUCGAUGUUUCCUGAUCUGAACGUGAUCACGUUCGACGGGAACAGCGUCGCCAUCUACAAGGCCGCCUCUUACAUAGUGACCCAGCUGCCCAACGAGACCGUCAGCGUUCUGGUUCAGGAGUGUCCCGCCGACUCCGAGUCCUCGCUUCUCUGGAAUUUCACCAACCUGUGUCUGGUGGCGCUCAACAUCACCCACAAGUCCAACCACAUCGUCAUCAACAGGCUGCAGAGGAGGCUCUACGUCAACUCACGAUACGCCAAACCACGGUUCAAAAAGUACGGCUUCGAGAUCUACGACACAGGAAACAUGUACCUCAUCCGCAGCCCGUCCGGCCUCAAGCUGCAGUGGUACCACAGCACCGGCAUGAUGGUGAUCGACACCGACAGCUCCAGCAACAAGCUGCCCACCAUGGGCCUCUGUGGCUUCUGUGACGGAGACCCGACCAACGACCUGACUCUGGCCAACGGCACCACGGUGGGCGUGAGCGAGGACCCGGCUCUGUUCAUCGACAGCUGGCAGGUUCCCAACACCACCAGCUACGUCAGCCACAGCCGCCGCCGCGAGCUCAACUGCUCCACCAGCGACUGCUCCAGCUGCCUGCUCAUGCUGCAGAACCACGCCUUCAUCCCCUGCCACGCCUUCGUCCCACCCAGCACGUUUUGUGAGGUUUGGGUUCGCGACGCCGAGUACGUCAACAACCAGUGUGUUGCUCUGGCUGCUUACGUGGCUUCCUGCCAUAAAUUCAACAUCUGCAUCGAGUGGAGGAGUCCAGAUUACUGCCCCUUCGUGUGUCCCGACACUCUUCGGUAUCAGGCCUGUCUGCCGGCCUGCACCUCUCAGUCCUGCCCGAACCACGACUUCGAUUCAGACCCGGACCAGUGUUCAGGUCUGACCGAGGGCUGCGUCUGCCCCGAAGGAACGCUCCUCCAUCGGCCGUACUCAGCACUCUGCAUCCCUCCAGACAAAUGCGCCUGCACCGACAGCUCCGGCCUUCCUCGGUCGCAUGGCGAGGUCUGGAAAGCCUCGAAGGACGCCUGCUGCAUGUACCGCUGUGACAACGACACCAUCGUUCCUGUGGAGUACAACUGCUCCAGCAUGGCGGCGCCGGUGUGCCGUCGAUCCGGGGAGGUGAUCAUCAGCCUGGCCGACGAUAACAGCUGCUGCCCGCAGAAAGUCUGCGUGUGUAACCAGAGCCUGUGUGACCAGCUGCCUCCUGAGUGUAAAUAUGGAGAGAAGCUGGUGUCGUACUACCGACUAGACUCCUGCUGUCCGGACUACGUCUGUGAAUGUGAUCCUGAACUCUGUGAGUCGGACGUUCCCACCUGCAGAGACGACCAGACGCUGAUCGCCACCAGAGCUGACGGCAGCUGCUGCCUGGCCCACAUCUGCAUGUGUUCGUCCUGUGUGGAGGCGCCUCCUCUCUGCCGGGACGGAGAAGUGUUGACGGUCGACAGCAACACCACGGAUCGCUGCUGUCCGACCUACCAAUGUGUAUGUGAGCCCUCCAGGUGUCCUCAGCUCAGCUGUCCCGUCGGCAUGUCGGUGGCGUCGGUGUCGAGUCCGAGUCGCUGCUGUCCGAACCAAACAUGCGAGUGCUCCUGUGAAAAGAUCGCCUCCCCGAAAUGUGGCCUGGGAGAGGCUGCUCAGCUGGACCGGGCCUUUCUGUCCGACCCACAGAACCAGUGCGCCUGCAAAAGAUACAAGUGUGUGCGCGAGGCGGUGUGUGUGUUUGGCGAGCGAGGCGUAUUGCGUCCGGGUCAGACGCUGGUCGAACACGGAGAUGACGGUUUGUGUCACAGCCGUCAGUGCAGCCGCAGCCUCGACCCGGCGAGCGGCUUCCACCUGCUGAGAACCUCCAGCAUCAACUGCUCUGCCAACUGCCAGCCGAAUCAGAUCUACGUGCCUCCCAAAGACCAGUCGACAUGCUGCGGCGUCUGUAAGAACAUUUCAUGUCUCUAUGAGCAUGAAAAUGGAACGAUGGGGGUCUAUAAGCCGGGAAAGUCCUGGGUGUCGAACUGCAUGAAGUUCGACUGCACCGACACUCUGUCCGGACCGACGCUCAUCUCCUACUCCUUCAGCUGCCCCCCCUUCAACGAAACCGAGUGUAUGAAGAUCGGAGGAACCGUCGUAAGUUACAUGGACGGAUGCUGCAAGACGUGCAAAGAAGAUGGAAAGUCUUGUCAGAAGGUGACGGUGAGGAUGACGAUCAGGAAGAACGACUGCCGCAGCAACAGACCAGUGAACAUCGUGUCAUGUGACGGGAAGUGUCCGUCCGCCAGCAUCUACAACUACAACAUCAACACGUACGCUCGCUUCUGCAAGUGCUGCCGGGAAACGGGGCUGCAGCGGCGCUCGGUGCAGCUCUACUGCAGCGGCAACGCAACCUGGGUCAGCUACACCAUCCAGGAGCCCACCGACUGCUCCUGCCAGUGGUCCUAAACACACACUCAGCUCAAAUACAAACACACACAGUGUUCAGAUCUGCAAAACCACAAGAUGUAGAAGAAGAACGUCGGCCAUGUUGGUUUAGGGCUUUAGGAUGAUGGGAGGCUGUGAUUAGCAGGAUGCAGGACGUGUGAGGGACUCCGCUGGCAGUAAAUUAUCACAUAGUAGGUCGUUGUGGUGCCUCUGCUGGCAGGGAGGUGGUACUGCAGAAGAGCAGCUACAAACAAGGUAUUUACCUUCCCAGCAGUCAUUUUAGUACACAAACAACAAAUUUCUGUUUCCUGCACACUAAGUGCUUCUGUGCUGACUCGUGUAGAAGCUACAAUAACAAAAGAGGGAGCUGCAUGUUAAAAAUACAGAAAUCAGGUCCUUAAAAGUCUUAAAACAUUAAUUUCAAGUCCUCAAAAAAAUAGCCUCUGUAAGGUAUUAAAAAGUCUUACUUACAAACGUAAUUUUAAAGGUCUUAAACCUUUUUCUAGCCUGAUAUCAGUUGUAAAAGUUAGUUAUGUUUCUGUAAAUUACACAAAGGACCUUAAAUGAAUCUGUUAUAUUUUUAAUCCAUCCAUCCAUUUUCCAGUAAGAAACUAUUAUUAGA